UUCCACGCGAGCGAUAGGGUUGUCCCCUCUCUAUCUGUCUAUCUAUCUAUCUAUCUAUCUAUCUGGAGCUACCCAAACAAAGCAAUCAUACCACAAGAUAGAGAGUUAGUUGUCCAUGGAUCGGAGCCUCCAAUGGAGCAGGCCGGCGUCGCUGCUCCUCUUGGGGGCGGCGUUCCUGGCGGCGGCGGCCGUAGCGAGCGCCAACCCGGCGUACAACCCCGACCCCUACAGCGUCGUCGACCACUUCAACCGCGCCGUCCACAGGUCGACUAGCCCGCGUCGUGCGCUGUCGUCGGAGAAGAAGUCGAAGAAGGCAAAGUACACGGGCCCGUGCAUGGCGACGAACCCGAUCGACCGGUGCUGGCGCUGCCGCCAGGACUGGGCGACGGACCGGCAGCGGAUGGCCCGCUGCGCCAAGGGGUUCGGCCGCGAGACCACCGGCGGCCUCAAGGGCAAGAUCUACAUCGUGACCGACGCCAACGACGAUGACUUCACCAACCCGCGGCCCGGGACGCUCCGGUGGGGCGCGGUCCAGACGGAGCCGCUGUGGAUCAUCUUCGCCAGGGACAUGGUGAUCAACGCGUCCCAGGAGAUCAUCAUCCAGAGCGACAAGACCAUCGACGGGCGCGGGGCGCAGGUGCACGUGGCCAACGGCGGUGGGCUCACCAUCCAGCACCAGAACAACGUCAUCAUCAACAACCUCCACGUGCACGGCAUCGUACACACGGACGGCGGCAACGUGUCGAUGACGGCAACCCACUCCACCAUCCGCACCCGCGCCGACGGCGACGGCGUCUCCAUCUUCAACGCCACCAAAGUGUGGGUGGACCACCUCUCCAUGGAUAAUUGCGAGGACGGCAUGAUCGACGUGGUGGCCAUGUCCACGGCCGUCACCGUCUCCAACACCCACCUGGCCCACCACAACGACGUGAUGCUCUUCGGCGCCAGCGACCACAAGCCGGAGGACAAGGUGAUGCAGGUCACCGUCGCCUUCAACCACUUCGGGAGAGGCCUGGUGCAGAGGAUGCCUCGCUGCCGCUACGGCUUCUUCCACGUCGUCAACAACGACUACACCAACUGGCUCAUGUACGCCAUCGGAGGCAGCAGCGCGCCCACCAUCCUCAGCCAGGGGAACCGCUACAGAGCACCACCCAACAUGGCUGCCAAGGAGGCGACCAAGCGCGAGUACGCGGCCGAGUCGGAGUGGAAGAACUGGGUGUGGGUAUCGGAAGGCGACCUGAUGGUAAACGACGCCUACUUCACCACGUCCGGCGGAAAAAUAGGCCAGAAGCUCAACGGUAAGGACCUCAUCAAGCCCAAGCAAGGGGAGUACGUCAGGAGGCUCACCCGCUUCGCCGGCCCGUUGGACUGCAACCAGGGCAGUCCCUGCUGAUCGUCGCCGUACCAUACCAUACCUGCCAGGCGGAGUAGCCGGAUAUGCAUGUCGUCGCCGGCCACACGCCCAAGGGAAGGAAACAACAGUUAACGUUCCACGCGACAACCCAUCCAAUCUUUGAUGCUACACUAGACAACAAGGCCGUAAGCAUGCAUAGAGGGAGGAAUGUAGGAGGGUGGCCGGAUUCAUCAGUCUGCUGCUCUCUUCGUGUAGUCGAUGUACGUACCUAUCACUGUUCGUGUAGUCAAUGUACGUACCUAUCACUACUUGCUUUUUCCUCUUCUUCUUCUUCUUCCUCCUCCGAGGAAAUAGGAAUUGUGUACCUAUAUAUAUACAUAUACGCAUGCAUGUUGUACAACAUGGAUGUACUGUAACCGCUCUUGUUUAUGAUUUUUUUUUUGUA